AUAACUACUAGAUAAACGAGCAGUGAUGGAAUCACUGGACACCGAGGUGAGAGCACGGAAGACUCUGGGGACUGUUGAAUAUGUAGAGUCUUCUGGUUUCACCCAGGGAAUACUGCCAACCAAGAAGGAUGUGGUUCAGAAUAUGCUGUAUUUACUGCAGCCCAAAAGAGCUGGCCAGGCCCAGCGAUCCAAAGAGGAUGCAGCCCAGUUGCUUGCUGAGCACCUCCAAGAGCACUGGUUGGUUUGCAACUUGCACACCAUCGCGACGCAAAAUAUGAAGAAACUUAUCCUCAAAAUGUAUGAGGAGUUUACCAGAUUGUAUCAGACCAGAAAGCAGAGACAGAACCAGGCUUUUAGCGAGCGAGCAGACAAAUUCAACGAGAGUUCUGAGAAGCUCUUUGACGUAUUUUGUACAGACACGCAGAUGAGAAAUAAACUGGAGGAAUGCAGUGGAAUAAAAAUGACUAGCAUCGAGUGGAAGUUUCUUGAAGAUCAAAGAAGUGAAAGGAAAAUGUACUAUGAAGAUUUCACAGACAAGCAAGAAUUGAAGAUGAUGGAAAGAAGACAAAAGAUACAAUGUCUGGAGCAGUUCAGAAAGCUUGCAAGGGAGGAGAAGGAAAGAAGCAAAGUGAAGGAAGUGAAAUUCAAGAGUAAAGAGCAAUCAGACGAAGGCACGAGUGUGGAUGAAUCUUACCCUGCGGGGGAGGAGAACGGCGGGGCUCCGGCCUUUUCGCUGCGGGGCAGAAGGAAGCGCAGGUGCACCACGACUCCCACGAGCACCGCCAUGCCCCUGGAGUGCCAGCAUAUACGGAUGAGCAUCAGGAGAGUUAGGCCUGGGUUCUACGAGACUGUGGAGAAGGUCAAAAACUGCUAG